CGAUGUUGUAUUCCUUGUGUAUUCCGCAGACCUCACUGAAAUCAUCAACCAACUUUGAGCUUCACCUUAAUUCUCAACUCACGCCAUUUUUCACACCCGUUUCUAAUUAUUUUCGCUUCACCCAUUUUGACGUAUUAAAUCAUGGCGUCAGGCUACGAUAGAGCUCUUUCCGGUAUGUUCAGUCCGGAUGGACACGUUUUCCAGGUCGAAUAUGCCGGUGAAGCCGUAAAACGAGGAACUUGCGCUGUCGGUGUGAAGGGUGCAGAUAUCGUUGUCCUCGGUUGUGAGAAGAGAUCAGCAAUGAAGUUACAAGACACGCGCAUUACUCCUUCCAAGAUCGGUCUUAUCGACACCCACGUUUGCCUCGCCUUCGCCGGUUUGAACGCCGACGCUCGAAUUCUAGUCGACAAGGCACGUCUAGAAGCCCAAUCGCAUCGUCUAACCGUCGAAGAUCCCGUCUCAAUCGAAUACAUUACCAAAUAUGUCGCCGGUGUGCAACAGAGAUACACACAGAGUGGUGGUGUUCGACCUUUCGGCAUUAGUACCAUGAUCGUGGGCUUCGACAAGGGUAGCAAAGUACCACGACUCUACCAAACCGAACCGAGUGGUAUCUAUUCAGCAUGGAAAGCAAACGCUAUCGGUCGUUCUAGCAAGACCGUACGAGAAUUCCUCGAGCGCAACUACAAGGAGGAUAUGGAUCGCGAAGCCACCAUCCGAUUAGCCAUAAAGUCCUUACUAGAGGUUGUCCAAACAGGUGCGAAGAACAUUGAGAUUGCCAUCAUGGCUCCUGGCAAGUCCGUCGAAAUGCUGCCUGUCGAAGAUAUUGAGGGAUACGUCAAGAACAUCGAGCAAGAAAAGCAGGAAGAGGCGGCCAAGAAGAAGACCGGCCGAACACCAGGUACUGGCAGCGCAGCCAUCUUAACAAGAGAACGGGAAGGUGGCAGUGAUUAAACAUGAGAUAGCCGCAUGUUGUAGCUGGAGUUCUUGGGCUUCCUUGAAAGGAAAAAGGGAUUCGUAGAGGAUAUGAUCACAUUAGCAACUUGUACACUACCAACACAAGCAUGC